AAGCUCAAAGCGUAUGAGAAGGUGAAUUUGACGGAGGAGUGUAGUGCUAUGAUCCAAAAGAAGAUGCCUUUCAAAAGCAAGGAUCCCAGGAGCUUCACCAUAGCAUGCAUUAUAGGAGGAAAGCGGUUCGGGAAGGUGUUGUGCGACUUGGGAGCGAGCAUCAAUCUCAUGCCACUAUCAAUUUUCAAGAGGUUGGAGAUUGGGACGAUUAGGCUCACUACGAUUUUAUUGCAAAUGGUGGAUAGAUCCUUGUCUUAUCCGAAGGGGAUUGUGGAAGACGUAUUUGUGAAAGUUGAGGGGUUUAUCUUCCCGGCUAAUUUUGUGGUCCUUGACAUGGAUGAGGAUAAGGAGGUCCCGCUAAUUUUGGGUCAUCCGUUUCUUGCAACCGGGGGAGCGUUGAUUGAUGUGAAGAAUGGCGAGCUUACUCUCCGGGUUGAUGAAGAGAGCAUCACAUUUUCCAUAUAUCAAGCCAUCUCCUCAUCUAUC